GUUUUCGUAAAACGUCAGGCGAUAGACGAACGCACGGGCUCGGAUGCCUGUCGUCGCGAUUUUCGAAAAAAAUGAAUUGUGCCGUCCCAAACAACGACACUAAUGCCAGCCUUCGCCUCUGAAACAACAUCAAAAUGAUCCCGCAAACAACGCAACCCAACAAAACAAUCAUUUCCCGAAGAACCGUUUCUUGACUUGAACCACCGUCAAGAUGACAUCAGGCACUACAUCCCCCACCCCUAACGACUCGCCAACGCUAUCGCAUCGCCCUCUGCUAAUCACUCGCGAACUAGAACUGAAGACAAAAAAAACGGUUGAGUUUCAAGCCGUUUACAAGACCGACGAUGACAAAUCCAACGAAGGAUGGUAUCAAGACCAUUACAGGAGCGUGGUUGACGACAAAAAUCAGAAAGUCCUGGGGGCGAGACUCCUCCAACCUAGGAUGUCUCUUCAUGGAAAGCCGGUGAUGGAUCGUCCUCCCCGUAGGGAUGCCCGCUACAGGAAACGGCAGAGUCGCAUCUAUAACUUCUUGGAGAGACCUAGUGGUCCCGAUUGUUACUAUCACAUCGUUGUGUUUUUUAUGGUGUUCGCCGGAUUAGUUUUAAGUGUGUUUUCAACCAUCGAAGAGUACGAAGAAAAGGUGGGAAAUAUCUUGGUAUAUACGGAAUCAAUUGUCUGUGUUAUAUUUGGUUUAGAACUAAUGCUUAGAAUCUGGUCGUCGGGCUGCCGCUCACGCUACCAAGGCUUUAUUGGCAGGCUUAAGUUCAUAAAGCGGCCUUUUUGCAUAAUCGAUAUAAUAACUAUAGUGGCCUCGGUGGUAGUUUUCGCCCUCACUAUGAGAUCAGGGGGUCAAGUAAUAACGGCCAGUGCUCUAAGAGGGCUCAGGUUCUUCCAGAUAUUACGUAUGGUACGAAUGGAUAGACGGGGUGGUACUUGGAAGCUCCUAGGUUCCGUAGUUUACUCCCAUAGACAGGAAUUAGUCACGACAUUGUAUAUAGGAUUCCUAGGAUUAAUUUUCUCGUCUUUUUUGGUAUUUUUGGCGGAAAAAGACGUACCCAAUACUAAAUUUACUAAUUUUGCUCAAGCUUUGUGGUGGGGAGUGAUAACCCUAUGCACAGUAGGAUAUGGUGAUAUGGUCCCAUUCACCUGGCAAGGAAAAAUAAUAGCCUCUUUUUGUUCGUUACUAGGAAUAUCGUUUUUUGCCUUGCCCGCUGGUAUUCUUGGGUCGGGAUUCGCACUCAAAGUCCAGCAGCAGCAAAGGCAAAAGCACAUAGUUCGACGCAGACAGCCGGCCGCCAUUUUAAUUCAGUCUGUAUGGAGAUGCUAUGCUUCUGAUGAACACUCAACUUCAGACGCAACUUGGAAGAUAUAUCAAGUUCCCUACAGUCCACCUUCGAGACUGACGAGUAGUUUCCGGCAAAAUGCAUCUUUCGUCGGACGGUUUUCCACAAUUCGUCGACACAGGAGCCAGGCAUCGGCAACCAGCCUGCACCCGCCAUCGCUGAUCCAGAGUCGUAACCUCCCAAGGAUCAAUUCUUUCAACGACAGUGUGGGAAACAGCAGCAAUGGGCUACGAAGCAAUUUGAACGCCAGCUUCAAUGGGGAAUCCAUCGAAACUAAAGUUACCGUAGAUAAUUCAGGAGAUGACGAUGAAGAACCUCAAUUAAUCGAGUUGACACCAGAAGAUAAAGCAGCUAUCAGAGUUAUCAGAAUGUUAAAAUACUUGGUCGCCAGAAAGAAGUUUCGCGAAGCCCUCAAGCCCUACGAUGUCCAUGACAUUAUAGAUCAGUAUUCCACCGGACACGCCGAUAUGCUUUCUCGAGUAAAAAACCUACAAUACAGGCUGGACCAGAUCCUGGGCAAGCAGGGCUCCCGAUCGAAAGACGUGUACGCCUCGAAAAUAUCUCUGGCAUCUAGAGUGGUGAAUGUAGAAAGACAAGUGGACGAUGUAGUUAUAAAGAUCCAACAAUUCUUCGAGCUCUACAUGGAAGACCGGAAACAUCUUCUAUCCGAAGAAGCAUGUCAGCGAGGAUUGCAAAUAGCCCAACUGGAUGUUUACAACAUGUCUUCGCCGGUUUCCAUGCCCUCGACAUCUUUCCAGGGUUCCACAUCACGAAACUCCUCGCACUUCAAACCUAAGUCCAUUCUGGUGUCUCAACCGAACUCUCCUGUAAACCGAGGAGGAAUCUUCACUCAACCGUUUCCCGACAGUUUCGAAGAAACCUUCUAAGUACCUCGAUCCUGGCAACAAAACGAAGAAACGCGUUACAUUAAGUUCAGCCUGUUGUAACUAUAUAGAACCGAAGAGUGAUGCAAGUCCAGUGAAGGAUAGCUUUACGAUAAUCGUACCUCAAACCGCAUCGGCCCCAACAACAUCCAUACCGCCUUCUGCAAGUGCUCAAAGUCUUUCCAUCAACUUGGAGCUCAAUAAUUCCGAAACCACAACACCUAGAAGCGAAAAUUCAUUUGACUAUGAAGAAGUUGAAGAAGGUGAAGAAGGAGAGCGAGAAGAAAAGUUGGACGAUCAAGAGUUCGAUGAUCAAGAUGACAACGAAGAUGAAGCUAACGAAACCACACUGUUGUGUCCCACAACGCAAAAUGAAAUUAUCAUUACACCGAGCACCCUAAACUGUACAUCGAAGGUAGAAAUAGGCACCGAGGAUAUUUACAUGACGAACUUCAACCCUUUAAACUAAAAACUCGACGUCACGUUAGCUUUAAUCGAUGCCAAAAACUAUUUUUAAACAAGGAAUGAUUGUUGCUUUGAUCGGAGCAACAACCAUUAAUUUUCGUGCAUAUUUUCAUGUUUGUAGAUGUCUAUAAAUCAAUUAGAAUCGUUGAUAUUACAUACCCGUCACUCAAUGGACUAAAAGUAAGUACCUAUCUAAUUUAUCAGAGAUCUGGUAAAAUAAAUACAGGAUGUUUCAAAAAACAUGUACCAUCUCUCGUAGAUUCCUAAGGCUAAAAAAAAAUUUAUAUCAACAUAAGUAGGUCCGUUUCUGCUUUGUUUCGUAGUUACAGGAAGUUAGUCUUUAUUUUCGAUUUAUUUUAAUUUUAUUCCAAGUGCUUUCAGCGACUUGUAUGAAAUUUUGAGGGUAAAAGUUACUAAAUUUUGAGGGAUAAGUGCGACAUAUUCACUAUAAGAUAAACGCAAUUUUAUUAACCUUAAUCCAAGCCUAAUAGCACCCUUUAAACAUAUUUAAUAUCCUUAACUGACCAAAGUGUUAAAUAGGCACGUUGAUUCCUCAUAAAAAUAUGAAAAAAGUUCCUAUAAACAUGGGUGCGGAAAUGCAUAGUUUUAUAGUUACACGAUGUUAAAACUUUAAAAAAAUAAUCUUUAGUAAUUACCUUAAAUACCAUCAUUUUUUAUUGAAAUUUGCUGUAGGUAGCACUAAACAUCAGAGUUAUAAAUUUUAAUAAAAUUUAAUAAUAAAUUAGAUAAAAAUAAGACUUUAACCCCCUGUAGCAUCGGACCUAUGUUGAUGUACAAAAUAAAUCUUAUUUUUACGCGAGGAAUUUCCCCACGAGAGAUGGGACACGUUUUUUGAAACAUCCUUUAUAACAAAGCCCACUAAAAAACCGCAAUAUAUUCCUGUAAAUAGUAUUUCGCGAAAGGUGUUUACUUCCUUAGUAUGUAUAGUUACUUAUGACAGAUGUUUAUUUUUAAUAUGUAAAUACGUUUUUUAAAUGUUAAGUAUACCCAAAUCUCUUCCAAGUUUUUUUUAAACAAAAUAUAGAUGUCUGUUAGAAUUAUUAGGAAGAUCUUUAAUAUUCUAAAUUUUAUUAAAUGUAUAAUAAAUCUAAAAAAAGUAUCAGAUAAAUUUAUUUAGAUCUAUAUCAAACUAAUGACAUUUCUGAUCAAUAUUUCUACACUAAGUCCAGUACAAAAAAGGUAAAAUAAACAAAAAACAUCUUGUAUAGGACGAUAUGACGAUUUUUUUCAAAUACAGGGUGAUAAACUGAAGGUCCAAAUAAGUGGCCUCCUAUGUAUUAACAAGAUAAGAUAAAAAGAUAAAAAUAGAAGUCGGUUUGAUAGAGAGUUAAAUAAAUUUUACCAGACUUAGCAUUAGGUAAUUUGCUGUUUUGACGUUGUUUAGAGCAUGUUUAUUAUUAGGUAAAUGUAAGUUACUGUGUCAGAAAAAAAGUCACAUAUUCGGAACGCUUAAGAUACUUCCCUUUUAAGAAAAAAAAUUAGAUUGGUUACUAUUUCCAUGCAACGUAUUUACCUAAAGCUCUCCAUAGACGAGACGAUACGUAGCAACUGCAAACUGCAAGUCGUACAAUCUUCCUGGAUUAUUUUAAUUUAUUUCUCUACUACGAGGGCGUUUUAAACGUAUUAAGAGAAUAAAAGUAGUAAAAUAUCUAUACAAGUAUAUUUGGAAAGAGUACAAACGGUUUUGAUUUUAUUUUUGGCUAAGUGGGUGAUAUAGUUUUAGAAGACAGAUUAAAAAAAUAAAAUUUUAAAAUUGAACAAACUAAGUUUACGCAAUUUAAACUAUAUAUGUCUGGAGGCCAAUUUAUACAGGUGCUAAAAAGUUGAAAAUG